GAAUAAUUAAAACAGGAUUGCCGUGGGAGUGACGCAGAGGUUACUGAUGCUCGAGUUCUUUUUUGAGAAAUUAACAGAUAACAGGUUCAAUCGUAAAAUACUUUAUUAGUUUCUUUAAAAUAUUUCAUAACACAAAUCGUAAAUUUCUGUUAAAUUUAGGUUGGCUCAGUGCACCCCGCAGGCCUCUGCAUGUUGAUAUUGAUGUCGUGUUGUUGGUAGAAAAAAGAUGCCGCAGCCGAAAUCCCGUAAGAUCGCCGUCCUGGGAUACAGAUCCGUGGGAAAGUCCUCCUUAACAAUACAGUUUGUGGAAGGCCAGUUUGUCGACUCAUAUGAUCCAACCAUAGAAAACACAUUUACAAAAAUGAUCACAGUAAAUGGACAGGAGUACCAUCUGCAGUUAGUAGACACAGCAGGGCAGGACGAAUACUCAAUUUUCCCCCAGACAUACUCCAUAGACAUCAACGGCUACAUUCUGGUGUAUUCAGUCACGUCAAACAAAAGUUUUGAAGUAGUAAAAGUUAUCCAUGAAAAAUUGUUGGAUAUGGUGGGAAAAGUUCAAGUGCCCAUUAUGUUGGUCGGAAACAAGAAAGACCUACACAUGGAACGGGUAAUCAGUUGUGAAGAGGGGAAGGCCUUGGCAGAUUCCUGGAAUGCAGCGUUUAUGGAGUCCUCCGCUAAAGAGAACCAGACCGCGGUGGAGGUGUUCAAGAGGAUAAUCCUGGAGGCGGAGAAGAUUGAUGGGGGCGCUCCGCAGGGGAGGACGUCCUGCUCCCUGAUGUAGACAGCCCCUCCACCCCCAAUUCCAACCCCCCCCCCCCCUUUCUACCCCUUCCUUCCCUUCCUCCAACUGAUCACAGCACUGGACACUGGGAUAUCCCUCUACUUGAAGAGGCUUAACUGCCUGUUUUCCUCCAGAUAUACUUGGCAUUUUCUUUUUUCUUUUUUUCUUUUUAAGUAGGACGGAGAUAUUUACAGAUGGACGAAUAGGCUUCCCUCAGCUCUGGAUGGACCUGCUUCCACUCGCUGUCCCACCACACCUUGCUUAAACCAGCCCCUGACGUGAAAGAUAAAAGAUAGAACUUUACGUUUCCUCUCAUUUUAAGCUUUUAUUUUUCUUUUCUAUACUUCCCCCUCUCAUUUUCGAUUUGUAUAUUGUAUUUCUUAAAGAAUAUGGCCAUAAUUAUAAUUAUAAAGUUGCCAACAUUCUUUUUUUUGUGUAGUGAAUGUUGUUGAAAUCAUUUUUGAUUGUAAUCAUUAAAGCGGCAAAGUUUCACUAUUAUUUAAGUCAA